AUGAGCAGUGCAGGAGUUGUUGUGGUGAACGUAGACGGUUCGUUGGUUCAGCAUCCUCUAACCUGCCUGGGUUCCUUCAACCGAGAGGAGGAGGGCUGGAGGAGAGACAAUGACUGGGUGUGGCGGAGAGAUGGAGAGGAGGAUGAGGACAUCCUAUGGAUGGUGGAUGAAGAGGAGAAGAAGAAGGGGAAUAGCUUCCUUGUAAACCUGGAAGAGAGAACUGGAGGGGGGAUCUUUACAUGUCACAGCCUGGAUAGAACCCUCCUGAAGAAUACUACGGUGCUGGUCAAACACAUGGACGAACAGAAACGCAUUCUAGAAGGAUCCACCACAACAGGCUAUAUGAAAUGUUCUACACGGAACUACCAAGGAGAAUUCCACUGCUCCUGGAAGUUUACCACUAAACGUGUUGGGAACGUUAUGUCUGUCAGAGUGGCACGUGGCCUGUCUGAUGCGGAGAACAUCAGCUGUUCUGUGGACGCCAGUGGACAGCAGUGGACAUGUUCCUCUUCAUCUGGCCAGAGUGACAUCAUGUGUUCUGUGAACAGUAGCGGACUGGGGGUGUCCUGUGUGGACAGACAGUAUUGUCCCUAUGCUGAGGAGACUGACCGGAUCACCCUGACCAUCUACAUGAGGACUAACUACCUGCUGGAGGAAUACUCCCAACGCUUCUACUUGUCAGAAAUUGUGAAGCCAGACAAGGUAUCCAUUAACAAGGUGAACAGCAGUACUAUAGAGUGGACGUGUCCUGUCUCCUGGAACAGCCCCAUCUCCUACUUCCCCCUCUCCUUCCAGGUCAAAGAGAUCAAAGGCAGAGAGCACAAGAACGGGUGCACAUGUGAUUCUCCCUGCACAAAGGUCCACACCACAAAGAGCAGCCAGUGGUCAGUAAAGGCCAAGGUGAUGGUGUGCGUCAGGGCCCAGGAUGCCCUAUGUGACUCCCACUGGAGUGACUGGACAGAGUACAGACACAACAACAAGAGAAACAAGAGGGGGAAGCAGGAGAAGAAGAAGGAGCAGAAGCUGAAAUAUGAGUCCCUUGCCGCCCUGAGAUACAGAUAUGUGGACAUAAUGAAGGCCCUCACCAAGAUUGUGCUUUUAAGUGGCAAGAAGGACGAGAGGGAUGAUGCAGCAGCACAGAAAAAGAAAAUGGUUUUAGAAAAUGUGAACGUCGUCUCCAAAAUGCUUCAGGCCAAAGACGCAGAGCAGCACAGGGCAGUCAGCCUGCUCAAGGACAUGAUAGAGGUCCUGUCCAGAAUCCAACAGGAUUUUGAGAAGGCCAAAGUCACUGCAAAGACCCUUGCUGACAAAUGGGGAGCUCAGAACGCAUUUGAAGACACUCGGAGAAGGAAGGCGAGGCAUCAUUUUGAUUAG